AAAGAAGAUACCAAGAGUUUGGGAGGGAGCUGUGGAUGCAUUCGUGGCAUGCUGCACGCGGAUUGAGUUUUACCGUUUGUGCAGCGGAUUACGAGCACGUAAUCUAAUGAAUAAUCCAGAAUUCAUCUCCUUGUCUACUUUCCAGUCACUGCCCUCGAUUGACAUCGGAAGAUAUCAUUCCGACUUCUCGUUUUUCUCCCGUUCGUGCAUAAGCAAGAGAAGGAGAAAAAAAAGCAUUAAAAAAAUGCCAAAAAAAAGGAAGACAAAAAUAUCCCAGUCAACAUCCCGUGGGAGCGACCCAGCGACCCUCAGACUAUUUCUCGCUCCAAUAAGCAGUGAAAUUAAGUCGAUUCCAGGCGUAGAUCAAGUGAGGAAAUGGCGUAGUGAAUGGAGACGGGCACAGAUGGAAGCAUUCUUGAUAGGCAGUCUCAUUCCCUGGCCUAAGGAGGUGAUGUCGGGGGGGAUUGAGCCGUAUGAAUCCAACUCUCAUCUUCUGAGAUGAUUGAUCAAGACACCAUGCUGAUAUCCUCCUGUCAGUGUAAAUAUACCUGGAGCCCUGGGCAUGUGGCAGUCAUUGCAGAUUUCUUGGAUGACAAGACGACCGGCGCUGAUCUCACCAUGGCCAUGAUUCCUUUCCCGGAAGCGGAUGGCAGUCUGUAUUACGUUACCGGUGACGAUGGCUUCCCGGCCAUUGGAAUCAAUGAGAAUGCGGAUAUAAAAAAACCCUACCGACUCGUCGUCCCCGAGCGGCUCUAUCAGGACUUUUCAAUUACGGCCGUCGUGCAGCCGGAUACGUCGUCGGGGGGCUUCCUUUUUGCCGUCGUCGAUCCUACUGAACUAGUUGUCCAAUUAGGCUUGAGCAUCUCGGGGCGAGAUCUCGGGAGGCAGAAUAUCACCCUGUACUACACGAGUCACCAGCUGCAUGCCACAUCCCAAGUCCUUGCCACCUUCAUGGUCGACAACUUCGUGAAAGGAGAAUGGAUUAAAUUCGCCAUCCAGGCAAGUCCUUCAUCCUCCGAGGGGGUGCUGGAUGACAACGUGACCUUAUUCUUGGAAUGCCAGCCCGUUGCCGUGGAGUUUCGGGUUCGAAAUCCAAGGGAGUUGAUAUUCGAUUCUGCCUCGACCUUCUAUCUUGCUCAAGCUGGUCCCAUCGUCAAAGAACAUUUUAUGGGCGCCAUUCAAGAGCUCAAGAUCCAUAGUGAUCCCAAGGCCGCGGAAGUUCAUUGCCAAGCUCCGCCCGUGUUCUUCAACAUCAGUUUGAACGACAGUUUUCCCUUAUCUGAGGGCCUCUUUCCGCCGUUCGGUGGGAAAGAGGAGGAAAUGGAAGGGAGCGGAGGGGAUUUCAGCAAUUUUGAACCUCGUCAUGUAUCCCUUCCGGGAGCUCCAUCAAGCCUCGACCCCAUCGACUCCAGGUCGACUCUUUUAAGAGGUCCACCUGGAGUCAAGGGCGAGAAAGGAGAGAAGGGAGAACCAGGGAAGGUUCUCAAGGUCCUCAAGGGAGAGAAGGGAGAACCUGGCCCGCCAGGGAAGUCCAUUCGAGGGCCACCUGGACCACCAGGGCCAGGAUAUACUGAGAUUGGGUCUGCAAGUAUUAGCAGUGGGUCAUUAGGCGCAUCGGGUCCUUCAGAGAUUUGCACGUGCAACAUCACAUCAAUGUUGACUCAGAUGUCCUCUUCGGAACUGCUUCGGGGUCUACCUGGUGAAUCUGGCCUACCUGGUCUUCCAGGUGAUGUUGGAGCACCUGGACCCCAGGGUAUCGAGGGGCCGAAGGGGAAGAGAGGCCCAGAAGGUCGAGCAGGUCCGAAGGGUGACACGGGGGAGCCUGGUGUGCCGGGCUUGCCUGGACUUCAGGGACCUAAGGGGGAGCCAGGAGAAGAUGGGUUGCCGGGGAGUCCCGGUCCUGCUGGUCCCCCAGGUCCUCCUGGCCCUGCUGUUCCUCCUGGUGAUACUUUUAAUCCUGCAUGGAAUCCAGGAUUGUAUCAGUUGUAUGUCGAUUGGUCGAUGGACGGCGGGUUUCUUAUUUCUUUCGACUCAAAGGAAGUAAGCGGGAUGCCCGGAAGGCCAGGGACUCCGGGUUUGCCUGGAGAGAAAGGUGCCAAAGGAGAGCAAGGCUUCGCGGGGAAAAGGGGGAGCCAGGGCGAGAAAGGGGACAUUGGGCCCCCCGGAGAACAGGGAGCGCGAGGAGCCAAGGGUAAGGACGGAGAACCGGGGCCGAAAGGAGAGGCGGGACCGUCAGGUCCAUCAGGGAUCCCUGGGCUGCCUGGCCGCUCAGGAGAACCGGGACCACCCGGUACCAAGGGUCAAAAGGGCGAUCCUGGAGUGGGAUUAGUCGGUCCGCCGGGACCACCUGGGACCUCGUAUGUCAUCGGAGAUGGUUCCAACCGAGGAGAGGCCCGCCUGGCCCCGAGGGCCCUCGAGGACUUCCAGGCGUUACCGGCCCCCCCGGAGAAAAAGGAGACGAUGGUCGAAGGGGUAGAAGGGGGAAACCGGGUGCACCAGGACCCCCCGGUCCGCCUGGACCACCCGGUCCCCCGGGGAAAUCGGGCAUUCCUGGGGACAGGGGUCAUCCCGGCUGGCCGCUCGAUUGAAGAAUGUAAUGUUGGUGUUCCGAUGGGACAGAGCUCUGAGUUGUUUUCGUAUGAAUCUUCCUGUGAUGUUGAAUUUGUUCAUGUUGUGCUUGUCGCCCUUGGUGAGGGGCCACCGGGACCACCAGGCUCACCGGGUCCCAGGGGUCCACCGGAUCAUCCCGGAAGAGCUAUCCCUAUCCCUGAUCACGAUGACUUGGAAUAUCAAGAGUCCUAUCGAUACAACGUUCCACGCUCAACAUCGGACUCUAUCUCUAGUUCCCACCGCUUGAGAAGGAAGUACGCCGGAGGUAUUCCGGGCCGUCGAGGGUCGGUCAAUCCUCCAGGAAUCCCGGGACAGGUCCCUCCCUUCGGAGACCCCGUCAGAAUCGUCCCCGGUGCUGUCAUACACAAAACCAUGGAGGAGCUACUCGAAUUGUCUGAUGUGACUCCUGAAGGCACUCUAGCCUUUAUUCUCGAGAAACAAUUCCUCCUCAUUAGAGUUGCUUCUGGAUGGCAACAGAUCAUGGAGACGACGGAAAAACCGCAGCUCACGACGAACCCACCCCGGGUUGAACCAUUCAAUCUGAAUCACAUUCAUCGUUCGAAUGGACCCAGCGUACGUAUUGCUGCGCUGAAUGAGCCAUGGACAGGGGACUUGCAAGGGCUCCGAGGGGCAGAUUAUGCAUGUUACAGACAAGCGAAACGUGCCUCUCUUGAGAGCACCUUUCGAGCUUUCUUGGUUUCCCGAGUUCAGAAUCUGGACUCUAUAGUCAAGCCUUCUGACCAGAAACUCCCUGUGAUCAAUCUGAAAGGCGACCUCUUGUUCGAGACGUAUGAGAGCAUCUUCAAUGGGGCCGAAGGAUUGCUUUCCCAUCAUUCCCAAAUCUAUAGCUUCGAUGGCAGGGAUGUUCUCAAGGAUUCUACCUGGCCUCAGAAGUUGGUGUGGCAUGGAGCUCUGGACACGGGAGAGAGAUCAUUGGACGCAUACUGCGACGCAUGGCACAGCGCCUCGCCGCAGAAGAUCGGUCUUGCUUCCUCCCUCCACAACAUGCGGCUCCUGGACGGGGCCAAGUACUCGUGCAACAAUCGCUUCAUCGUGCUCUGCAUCGAGGUCGCUAGUCACCGAUCCAACCGUCUCCACAAUGUCUCCGGACGUGAGAAAAGAGAUACACGAGAACUCACCUUUGAGGAGUUCGUAAACCUCCAUCCUUGAUACGAUAUGCGCUUCGCGUCCUUCGAGACUGGAGGGAGAAAAAAAAAAAAGGAACCAGGAGCCAAAAUGAGUACCAAAUCAAUAGUCAGUGUUCAUGUGUCAGUGUCUCGUCUCGUUCGUGAUUGUUUCUUGCAUCGGUGAGAACACCGAUUCCUGGAUCUUCGUGACGACACUGCCCCCAAUGCGUUUUUGUGAGAGAACGUUUGAUAACAAGAGGUUUGGAAACCCCUCCUGAGUGCUUUUUUGUUUUGUUGACAGUUCCUCUUUUGUUUUCUCCUCGUUGCUGGUGAGGAUCGAAUGGAUCUGACAUUCCUUUGUUCUGGUGGUGGUUAUUUUCCUGUGCAGUGAACCUAUAGGAUGUUAAUUGUAAUCGGAAAUAAAGGUUAAUUACUGUGA